GUAGCGCGAGCAUUCCGACCAGCCAGCCGGCAAAAAUAUCGGCAUUUUCAUUUUGCGGUUUCUUUCUUUUUCCGGGAAGAAAAAUUUGAAUUUGGACGGUAUUCAAUUUCCCAUCUCUUUCUCGGUUCCCAAACACGAUGUUGCACGAGCUUCUACUGGCUCUCCUCGGCUACACCGGCGAUCUCAUCGUCGACGAGCGUGAGCAACGCAAAUCCCUAGGACUCUCCUUUCCCUCCGAUGCUCCUCUCUCAGAUGAAUGCACCUUCAAGCUCGCCCCAGAUAUCUCCUUCAUUGAACCCAGUGAGAGAGAUGUGAUUGAAAGUUUGAUCCAGCUUGGGUUUUACUAUCGGGAGCUCGACCGUUUUGCGGCUAAGUCUCGGAAUUUGAGUUGGAUAAGGUCCGUUACGAGCGUGGAUCAGGUGGAACGGACUGCUGAACUAUCGAAACAGAGGAAGGAGAAGGCAAGUGUUUACCGCAGAGCUAUUGCUAAUGGAAUUGGAGAGAUUCUGUCGAUCUACAGAUCUGCUGUUCUUCACAUUGAGCAGAAGCUGUUGUCAGAGACGACGCCUAUAUUGGCUACUGUUACACAAGGGCUCAAUAAGUUUUUUGUUCUUUUCAAACCCCUGUAUGAGGUUGUUCUCGAGAUUGAGCGUGAUGAUAUGCGUGGAGGGCAGCUACUGAAUCUAUUGAAUAAAAGAUGUCACUGUGGAGUGCCUGAAUUGCGAACCUGUCUUCAAAGGCUACUUUGGCAUGGACAUCAAAUCAUGUAUAAUCAACUUGCUGCAUGGAUGAUUUAUGGAAUUCUUCAGGAUCCUCAUGGAGAAUUUUUUAUCAGGAGGCAGGAUGGUAGGGAUUUAGACCAUGGUUCUCCGGAAGAUAUAUCUCAAAAGUUAGCUCGUACCUCCAUUCAUGACACAUCUUUAACCGAUUGGCACUCUGGAUUUCACAUUUCUUUGGAUAUGUUGCCUGAUUAUAUUCCUAUGCGUCUGGCCGAGUCAAUUCUGUUUGCCGGAAAAGCCAUCAGGGUCUUACGGAAUCCCAGUCCUGCAUUCCAGUUCCAGAAGAACAAGAAUCAUCAGCAGACACUGCAUGGUUCCCAGAGAAUUCAAGGAUCUAUGCAUAGUUUAACCACGGAGAAGGAGAUGCAGUUAGAUGGAGAUCUUACGAGAGAAGAAUUACUUCCACAAACUGAGGCUGACAAGAUUGAGGCCAUGCUCAAAGAUCUGAAGGAAUCAUCUGAAUUUCACAAAAGAUCGUUUGAAUGUGCCAUUGAUUCGGUUCGAGCUAUAGCAGCCAGCCAUCUUUGGCAGCUUGUCGUUGUGCGUGCUGACCUCAAUGGCCAUCUUAAAGCUCUGAAAGACUAUUUUCUCUUAGCAAAAGGGGAUUUCUUCCUGUGUUUUCUGGAGGAAAGUCGUCAAUUGAUGCGUCUGCCGCCUCGCCAGUCUACGGCUGAAGCUGAUCUUAUGGUUCCAUUUCAAUUGGCUGCUAUAAAAACUAUUUGCGAGGAAGACAUAUAUUUCUCUAGGGUGUCCCUACGGAUGCCGUCAUUUGGAGUCACAGUCAGAUCCUCUCAAGCAGACCUGCAGAAAUCUAAAGCAUCCCUCUCUGGGAAGUCGACCGUUGCACCCUUAAACACUACAUCUGACGUGUCCGUUGAUGGCUGGGAUGCCAUCUCUCUUGAAUAUUCUGUCGAUUGGCCCUUGCAAUUGUUUUUCACCCAAGAAGUGCUUUCUAAGUACCUUAAGGUAUUCCAGUAUUUGUUACGGCUAAAGAGAACUCAGAUGGAGUUGGAGAAAUCAUGGGCUUCGGUAAUGCAUCAAGAUCACAUCGAUUUUUCUCAACACCGCAAAGAUCGUGCAAAUGGAUCAACAUCUCAGCAAAGACGACAAGGAAUCAGACCAAUGUGGCGAGUUAGAGAGCACAUGGCCUUUCUGAUAAGGAAUCUGCAGUUUUACAUCCAGGUUGAUGUGAUAGAAUCUCAAUGGAAGGUAUUGCAAGCUCAUAUCCAUGAUUCUAAUGACUUCACCGAACUGGUCGGCUUCCAUCAAGAGUAUCUAUCUGCUCUUAUCUCUCAGUCAUUCCUGGACAUUGGUUCUGUCUCAAGGAUACUCGACAGUAUCAUGAAACUCUGCCUCCAGUUCUGCUGGAACAUUGAGAAUCAAGAAAGCAGUCCAAACACUUCCGAACUUGAAAACAUAGCCGAGGAAUUCAACAAGAAAUCAAAUUCCUUGUACACAAUACUACGCAGCAGCAAGCUGGCCGGGAGCCAGCGGGCCCCAUUCUUGAGGCGUUUUCUGUUACGUCUGAAUUUCAACUCCUUCUACGAGGUGACUGCGAGGGGUGUAUUGAACGUUGUGAGGCAACGCCCAUCUCUUCCUUUAUGAAUUAAUCCUCUGAAUUUCAGACAAUGACUUCCACUGAUUGACGAGUCUCUCGUUUAAGGUGUCUGUCUGCAAGUCGAGUUGCAAUAUAUGUAAGGCUACUCUGUAUAUAUAUAUAUAUAUAUAAUAUCAAAGAAAGAUGUUGAUUGCCUUUAA